UAUUAACAAUAAGCGUAGAUACAGUAAGUACGAGCCAUUUGUAUUGGCCUCUCAGGCAACACAAGUCGUUUAUGCUUCAUACCCGAGCAAGCGUCGUGACAAAAAUGAUUGGUGGGCUGUGAUGAAAGUUAAAGGUAGACCCGUUGUUGAAGUAUCUCAAACGUCUUCAAAGACAUAUGAACCUUUUCAAGAAGAUGACAUAGAUUAUGCUGAAGUAAAUAUCGAUGAUAUUAAUCAACAACACUGCCUGAAUGAUCCUAGCGGAGGAAUGACUGAGAUUCAUGAUGACGUUUCGACAGAUGAAGACGAAUUCCUUAGUGACCCUAAUUCUGAUGCAGAUGCAGACGGUGAUAAUGAGUACAAUUCAUAUGAAUCAGACUAAAUUCAUCUAUAUACUAAAGAAGUUUGGAGUUGUAUAUUUCUUUUAUUACUCAAUGAGGGGACGUGGAAGGGUUAGCAAGCCCAGAGGACGGGUUCAACUUCCUGCAAGUGCAAGUCAAGAGGACGCGAAUACAGAUGACGGACAUGAGCAUGAGGCGCAUAUACCACGGGCACCGACGGGACUUGGGGAUACGGAACUUCAGAUAUGGGUACCACUUGCAUCCAGUGUACAGCCAUCUCAUAUAGAUCGAUCAUAUACACCAGUUACACCAUCUGCCGAUGCACAGCUUCCCCGUCCCCUUCCACCACCUCACCGUCACAGUUUACAUCCUCACCACCCUACUGCAGCUCCACGACCACCGGUAUCACAUACACAUUCACCUCAUUAUGCAUCCCCUUCUGGUACUGCAUCCGCUAGAGGGACAGGAUCUGCAUCAGCAUCUACUCUAUCAUUUGCUCUUGCAUCUGCUCCAGCAUCAGCUGCAUCGACCACUGCUGUAGGCGGAACACAGUCAUUCAGACAGACUAUUUCACUCAUUAACAACAAUUUGCAUCCGUCGGAGAUGUGCAGCCGCAGGAUAACUCUGAUAGUGAAAGAAAGAUUGGUCGAGGAAGGCCACUGUUGGAAGAUUGUGCCCAAUGAAACCAAGGAGUUUUAUUGGCAGGAAUUCAAGAAAUACUUUCUAUGGGACCAAGCAAUUGACAGCUUAGUAAAAAUUGCCUGGCAGAAAAAGGCAGCUGAGCGAUACAGGGGCUUAAUGUGGGAAAUCCGAAAAGGAAAGGCGAAGAAUCUUGCAACCCCUGAUUAUGUUUUGAGGAAGUGGCAGGAAACUUGGAACACUUCUGAAUACAAAGAGAAGUGUGAGAAGUUUUCUGCCAAUAGGCGCAGUGAGGCUGGAGGUUCAGGAUCUGGCAUUUCCAGGCACGCAUGCGGUUCUGUUUCACAGUACACCCACCAGCGGAGGAUGAGGGAAAGACUAGGCAAAGAACCACAUCCGCAUGAGCUUUUUGAGGCCACACAUAAGAGAAAGGGGACGGAGGAGUUUGUUGAUGCGAGAUCAAAAGCUAUUUAUGAUAAAUACGUACAGCUGAAGGAGGCUGCUACACAUCAACAGGAGGGAAGCAAUGAGCCAACGCCCAUAAAUGAGGCCCAACUGUACUACGAAGCGGUUGGCGGACAGAAAAAGAGUCGAGUUUAUGGGUUAAGGUCCCAGGCCUCAGCAUAUUUUCAUGAGCCAGCUCAUUGUUCUGCAUCAUACACGUCUGCACCCCCAGUGGAUCCUCCUACAAUUGAAACAAUGAACAGGAUGCAGAAUAAAAUUGAUUGGCUAGAGACAGAGAAUAGUCGAAUUACCACAAGGCUGGACGAGUUGCAGACGUUUAUGCAUAGGAUGAUGGCACAACAGGGUAUUGGGACAUCCACUCAGACAUCUGAUCCUACGGCACCUCCAGCUCCGUCUCCACAGCAGCGGCGUGAUGAUGCUCCUGUCAUUGGUGAUCAUCAUACAGAUAGUGAUGAUGAUACAGAUAAUGAGCUAGCUAGUUUAGUUUAG